UUGUUAUAGUGGAAUCCGCAGGAAGACGGUGCUAAACAUGCCACUGUUGCCAAACCUGGACCUGAAAAACGACCCGUCGGAGCUGACGGAGCUGGUGCAGACCUACAAGCAAGAGGUGACGGAGGCGGCUUGUGAGCUCAUCUGUGAUUGGGCCCAGAAGAUCCUCAAGCGUUCCUUUGACACAGUGGUCGAGAUCGCCCGUUUUCUUGUGCAGGAGCACAUCGUCAACCCGCGCUGCAGCCAGGCUGAACUCGUCACUUCUGCCGCUAUGGCAGGAGGUCCUGCAAAGCCCCACAAGGUGAUCAAGAAGAACCCAGUACCAUCCAAAGGAGGUGGGCCAGAGACGGAAGGGAGCGGCUCUGAAGCUAAGAGGGAUAAAGACGUUGGGGAUCAGUCGUUGCCAGGGAAACUGCAGUCCAGUGACAAGCCAAUGAAAGGGGUGGAGUCUGUACGCCCGGGGGGUCGCGAAUUGCAGGUGGAGGCUCUGAUGAAGCACUUGCCCCGAAUCCUGCCUCGCAGCUCCGUCCCGGAAAAGUCCCAGCUUUCGGUGCGCUCCUCGCCCCCUUCGCUGGCGCCCAAAGACGCAGGUGGCGUGAAAGUCAUUACAAUGACUGCCCUGCCCCAGCAGCAAGGGGGCGCUCUCCCCGUCAUGAUCCUCCCCCAGAGCGUCAGCCUCUCCUACCCCGACAGGGAAAAAGCCCCGUCAAUCACCAUGGCGCCCAUGGCACCAACGUCGGUGGUGCAGAGGGCCCGCACGGCGGGCAAACGGGCCCCCGAGGCGACAAGCGGGGGCCCCGGGCCGGGAGGCACGCCGGCCAAACGGAAACGAGGACGACCCAGGAAGCCACGGCCAGAGGACACUGCCCCCCCGCAGCCGCCCCCUCCACCCUUACCCUCGGUCAACCAAGCCCCUAUCAUGAAUUCCCUCACCGGAGGGGUGAUCCAGAAAGCCUGCUCUUCCUCCGCCUCCCAGGUGGUGGAGGUCGUAUUCCAGGACCAGCAGGCCUUGGUACUAGGUCAGCUGCAUUCGGUAGCGGACACAGGCGACCCAGAGCACCGGGGCGUGGUGCUCGAGACUGACCCACGGCCCGUGCUGCUGUUGUCAGGGGCCAGUCACACAAACUGGGACAUGGGCAGGGCCAUGGUAGAGGUCAUCCAGAGGGCCCCGAGACCACCCACCAUCAUCACCAAGAACAACAACAACUCCCAGUCUACCCCCCAGCACCGCCUGCCCCUGCCCACUGUGCUGGAGGAUCGAGGGGAGGUGGCGAUCACCCUCACCCCCGUGGAACCUUUGGACGAUCUGCCGACCCCCACUGCCCAGGCUAGCUCAACCCCCACUGCCCAGGCUAGCUCGGAGGGCAGCCCUACACCCGAUGACAGCUCUAAAGAACCUAGCCCUGGCCUUCCUUGUCCCAGAGACUAAGGAGCACUAAGGGACUUUAUACUACCCUCAGGGUGAGGAUAACCACCCCCAAUCAUCUUCUCCCAGGUAGCGUCUUCUCCCCGAUUGGUGGAAAUCCAAGAUUGGCAGCGCAGAGAGCCAAGAAGGAUUGAUGAAGCCAAAACACUAUUAAUCCCUGUUGACCUUCCAUUUAUAACUCUUUGCUGUGACUCUAACUGCAUGUUUGUCUUUGUAAUUGUGAGCAGAGAGAGCGAUAAAGGCGGUUCCGUAGUUCUGAUGACGAGGGGGGGUGUUUACGGGUUUGGACCUUACGAGGUUUUAAGUGCUACUCUCCCUGAGAGGAAUUCCCCUCAGUGUUUUUUUAUUUUUUAUAAUAUACAGUUGAAAUUGGACGUUUACAUACACCUUAGCCAAAU